AUGUGCACUGGUACAAGUCUCCGCGAGGAACUCCUGAAGCUUGCCGAUAGGCGCAUCGGAGCAUGCCAAAUACCGCAUCAGGGCCCACCACUUGUCCAGAGCACGCUCAUAUCCUUCGGCUGCUUCACGCGGGCCACUGGCACGGGACGCCGCUCCAGGGGCUGGUCGUUCUGUGAUCACGAUCCAAAGUCAAUGUCCGGUCUUACUGCGGGUGAUAGCACGACGCUGAUCUCCUUGGGACGGAUCCCGGUAGCCAAUCCUUCGCCUGCUCCACGCGGUGAGCGUCUCAUCACAAUCUCUGUGCAUGGCCACUGGCACGCGGCGGCUGCUGUGUUUCGUGUGCACAUACGGAUAACGAUUAAGGUCUGGCCGAACACACUGCAUGACCGCCAGAACAUCGUACUUUCGGAGCACCGGCAUUGUACACAUGCUCCCCCGUUCCUUGUCCGGAUCACUACGCCAGAGUCUGCAUCGAUCUAUCUCACGUCUGGUGCCGGAUCCCCGCAGACGCCCCUCCAGGAGCUGAACCACGCUGAUCUCCCUGGGACGGAUCCCGGUAGGAGCGGCAUGGAAUCUCGGAGCCUUUUCCAGCCCGCAAAAAAGCCCGAGGCACAUACACUCGGCAGGGCCCCCUUUCGUGCCAUCGGAGUCGCGAACGCCUGCAUGCGUGUAAGCCGGAGAAAUGUGACGCUCCAGGGAGGGGCGGGAAAUACAAAUACGCCGCACGGGUACAAGGUGACGGUCCGGCCAGCAGCUAUUGAUCUGCUUGAGAAGCAUGCUGCUGCCGGCAUCCGCGGGUCUUGUGCGGACGUGCUGUGCGCGCAGGAACGCAUCAAGAACCGUACUGAAGACUUACUACGGCGCGGCCCGAUCGGGUUCUCGCCGCCACAAAUGAAGCAAGCAUUCAGCUCGAUCGCUCCACCAACACUUGCGCAUGGAUACGUCGUUCGCGGCAAGGGCGACUUUGAGCCUGCAAGGGAUUGCUCUCGACCAUUGUCCAUUCAGACAAUAGCUUUGUAUUCGAGCAGGGUGAAAGAUCGAGCUUGCAUCCAAGAAUUGAAUACGUUCUCUGCAGAGCAACCACGUCUUACCGGAAGCUAUAUCUGUUCGCCAACGGGUGGGUAUGCGACCUUCCGGGAAGGUGCUGGACCGGGACCGGUUCAACAGCAUUCCCGCACCUCGGGAAGACGAGACUGUCAGCUGUCGUUCGAACUCAGAGCGGGAAGCCAUCGCAGUACCGCACUAGCUGCAUCCUCGGGGAAGGUCACAGGUCGGCGGCUGAUGCUAAGAGCGGAAGGGAUAUCGCUGAACACCGCAUAUCCUGUGUGCCGUUUCAGCUUCCAUGUGGAGCAAUGCUCCGUCAGCAAUGGGAAGACAACGAAAGCGCAUGCGCGGUUUACGCGCUACGGGCAGAGUCCACAUAUGUAUGCUCUGUCGAUGGUUGAUGCAAAGCACAUAUUUCAUGGCUGAGUCCGCUACGCACUUAAGCGG